AUGCACCUACCUCUAACCACCCUCCUCACCACCCUCCUCACCACCCUAGCCAUCGCCGCCCCUGCUCCUGCCCCCGCUCCCGAGGCCGCCCUCGAACCACGCGCCCAAGACCUCAUCGACCUCUGGAAGAACAAAAACUUCCUCGACCUCAAGUUCACCGGCUCCGCCAACCCAGGCGACUGCAAGAACCUGCCCUCCAACUUCAACGACAUUGCGUCUUCGGGUAAAGCCAAGGCCGGGUUCAGAUGCACGAUUUGGGUCGAUGCGAACUGCAGGGGUACGGGCUUCAGUUUUAAUCAGAACCCUGGGUCGGCGAGUUUCCCGGAUUGGAUCAAUGAUAAGGCGAGUAGUUGGAAGUGUGUGAGGGAUUGA